UGCAAUAGUUGGAUAGACGCCAUAUUGGAGGUUCAACGAGCUUCGGGUCAAUCCGUUUUGUAUUCAUACAGUCUGUCACGAGCGAGCAAUCCCUGCAUUUUGUGAUACAAACAUUCUAUCCGGGAUCGUUUUCGAGGCAGCAAUAAUUUCUCGUACAAGUAAAAGCAGCAUUGUUUUAAGCAGAGUACAAUUUGGGACACACCACUCCUGGUUUCUGUUAUUCAUUUCGAGCAUGGCUGACAGUGGACAAGAUAGUGUAGACGCCGGGUCUGAGCCAAGUACAAGCACAGGUCAUGUUACUCCAGGUGGCAUACAGACCCCAGUUUAUACAGGAGAAGAAUUCCAAGACAGAACAUACAGGAUGAACAGUGAGAAGCGUGGCCUGGCCAUUAUCUUCGACAACAAAAAGUUUAAGAACAAGCCAACUAGAACUGGAACUGACAAAGAUGCUGGAAAGAUGUACCAACGUUUCAUGGAGCUUGGUUUUACAGUAAAUAUGCAUCCAAACAAGAAAGCUUCUGAGAUGAAAUCAAUUAUUAAGAAAGUGGCAGCGUCGGACUUCACCUCCUAUGAUUGUUUCGCGUGUGUCAUCCUGUCUUAUGGCGAGGAAGGACUGGUCUACGGAACAGACGAACCUGUACAGAUAGAAGACUUUGUAGAUCCAUUCAAAAAGACCCCGUCUCUGGCUGGCAAACCCAAGCUAUUUUUUAUACAGGCUUGUGACAGGGAAGAGCCUGAAGGAGGAGAUGACGUGAAUGAUGCAAUGUGUGUGGCAGAGAGUGUUGCGGAUGCUCCUUCUGGAAGUCUAGAGACGCACAUAAUCCCCAAAGAAGCUGACAUCCUUAUAGCACACUCCACUGUUCCAGGUUACUUCUCAUGGCAAGGGCAUAGACAACGCGGAUCCUGGUUUAUUCAGGCUUUCUGUGAUGUCUUGAAGAAGUUCGGAACAAAGGAGGACCUGCUCAACAUGAUGCAGCGUGUCAAUUGCAAAGUGGCUUACGAAUUCGAGUUCAAUGCAAAAUUUGAAUUCCUUGAGAGAAAUAAGCAGUUACCAUGUAUAACGUCCAUGCUGACAAAAGAAGUACGUUUUUACAGCAAGUAAUGUACAUGUCAUGUAGAGGAGCGAUGGUUUUCUCAGUAUUGCAGGAUAGAUAUUGUAAGGACACGAACCUCGGUGAGGCCAAUGUGAAUGUAGAAAAGACUCGUAGCUCACAACUUCGAGUCAAGUGAAAAGACUGAAUUCGUUAAGAGAUUAAAGAGAUACCAUGUACCAAUUCCAUGUUGGCAAGAAAUUUCAUUUUCCCAGAUCAAAAUUGUGAUGUAAUCAUGAUAGGAGCGCUUGAAAGCGACCAUGGCUACACCAUUAACAUGAACAGUGGUGGUCAAGCCCGGCCAAGCAUCUGUGAAGUUGACCAACAUCUCAUUGAUUUUGACACAACCUUAAAGAAGUAGAUAAGGACAAACGUCAUGGAUGAACAAUUUCUUUAUUCAGGUUAUGAGAAGUUUCGACAGAGAUUCUUGUAUCGUUGUAGAUUUUGUUAAAUCUAGUAAAGUCAGAAGAGCAUUCGUUUUGUGUUUGGUCCCUCGACAACAUCAUGUGCCCCAAUAUCGGGAAAACACAGCUCAUUUAGUUUUGAUGGAAUAUCGAUACACGAUGCUGCAGCUAACUUGUACUAAUUUGUGUAAUAUGUAGACUGGUUUGUUUUCUGACAGUAAACAAAAUAACACACUUGUUACAGUUUAA